UCGGAAUUAAUUGGAAUGUCAAUCACUGAAAAAUACAUUCGUUUUUAUUACGUCAAUGGAAUAUACUGAUAUUUUUUAGGUUUUAUUGCAAAAUAAUUCUAAGUCUACUUCAAUGUAGUGAUUUUACUUUGUUAGGACACAAUUCGAAAUUAUCGUGGAAGGAAAUUAAAUUUUAUACAAGGAUAUUUAUAGCAUUGACUACUUCUUUACUAUGGCAAUUAACUCGUUUGAGAAACAAUGUGACAAAAUUCAUAACAAGUAUUCCUCUAAUAGUCCACGAGGAAGUGCCUUACCUUCUUGUCAGUUGGUAAGGUUGAGCAUUGCCACAGACGACAGUACCACGAGUAGCGACAGUAAAAGUAUCAAAUCAAAGAAAAAAGGUAAUCUAAAAUCGCCGUAUUUAAAUGGCGAUAGCGUGCACUUGCUUUCAAGAGUAACAGAGAAAAAACUUUAUUCCCAACAUAAGAAAGCAUCAGAUAUUGUGUCUUCAUUCCCAUUAGCGGCAAAUAUUUACAAAGCUAAUUCAGACGAGUUCAAAUCGCAGAAAAAGGGCAUUAAAAAGGUGAAGAAAUCUGUUCUGACGUUGCCGAAUGCGCCAACAGCAGUUCCUCAAACAUGCACGGUGAGCGAUAUGAACGAUUCUGAAUAUUGCAACGGGAGUGAUGACAAUCGAAAGCUGAAAGCAAAAAAGCGCUUUGUGGCACAAAACAAAAAGGCUAAAGUUCGAAAUAAAGAUUACGAAUUUUAUGAUAGAGAUGCUCGUUAUUGUUCGCAAAUGAACAUAAACCUUGACUGCAGUUCUACGGAUGUGAUAAAUCAAUUCACUGGUGAUGGAAAAAGUGUGUCUGGAAAAUUCCGUAGAGGAAAGGGACCACAAGCUGAACAAGAAUUUAAUGCUCACGACGUUUGGGCAGUUCUAAGGAACAUCAACCGCUUUCAGUUUCGGCCUUCUCCUCCCAUUUCAGAAGACAGCAUACAUUCGCCGAAGAAAAAGAAAAUUAGGAACAAGAGACGCAAUAAUCGGAAAGACACUCGAGUGAUUGAGACCUGUCGUACUGAGGAAUUUGCUUACAUAUCGAGCUUCGAAGUAGAUAGUAAAUCUCCAAGGAGCUUUUCUCAGUCAUCUAGUUUCGAUCGCAUCACUGUAAUCGACAAGCAAGAUGAAUUUAGUGAAAUAUGCAAAGAAUUCGAGAAAAGCGUCAUAAAAACGAAGAAUGUGAAAGUUAAAAAUCGGUUACCGAACACAAAUAAAAACCAGAAUAGAAAGAAUCCUAAGAACAAUGUAAAAGCUAUUGGGCAUAAAGAGCAAAAUGAAUUGCAAGGACCACACAACAAAAUUAUUAACGAUUGUAACAAAACUCUCGAGCCAAAAGAGUAUGAAUGUCAAUUCAAAGACAAUAACUACUAUGAUAACCCAGAAACACUCGUUAGGAUGCAUUUGGAUUCUAAACCUUCUUCUCCUAGAAAGCAGCGCUUGAAUAACUCCGCAAAUCGCGAUAGGUCAGAUGGCAUCAAUUUUAUUGUGAAUCGGGCAAAUGAGUUUGAUUACACUUUGUGUUCAGAAUCAAGUAAAGUUGGAAUAACCACCGCCAGAAAAGAUAAUGAUGAAAAAUUACCAAAAGUAGCCUCAGAUGAAUCUGGACAGCAAGUAAAAGGAAUAACAAAAGUUAUUUUGAGUAAAGGUCAAAGUUUGAUGAACAACAAAAGAAACGAAUUUUUGAAACGAAAACCUCGUUUAGCGACAACAAUGCCAAGUACAACAAUAUUGCCUAAAUUGACGCAGACUGAAAUUAAAAGAAGAUUGGCUAAUAUGAAAUUUCCAAUAGUUGUCUUAGGAAAAGAUCAACUUGGAUCAGCUUCGAUUCAAAUAAUGAAUGAUCCUCUGCAUUUGGAAACUGUAAACCAGCCCAUUUGGCCAUUUAUGCAGGACUGGUAUGAACCAACUAAUUUGAAAAGACACAGCCCGGAAAAAGUAAAAUCUGACGAUAAGUUUGAAGAAAGUACUUCACCGAGAAACAAACACCAGGCGAUUGAUCGCAAAAACAAUUUGCGCAAAUCGAACGAGAUGACUGUAAAUAAGCAAUCUGCUGUAAAAGAUAAAAAUUGCUUAAACGUCGAAGCUGCAUCAAAUAAAAAGAAGUAUCCUAAACGUCCUUUACCUCCAAAUGAAAUUACUAAAGUAAAACCGCAGCAAACUAAGAAACCCAAACCUAUACAUCAAUUAAAGGAUAAAAUGUUAAAACUUCUAUACAAGAACACGUCAGCAAAAGAUAUUGAUGAAAAACAUAAAAUUAGUGGUCACGGAGAUUCAAAUCUUAGCGAUGAUGUUCAUGCUAUCGAAGCUAAGAUAUCAGAUGCUAGCAAAAAAGUUGAUGUAAGCACGGAAACACUGAUAAAGUAUUUCGUGCCUCAAGACUUGUCUAGGAGCUUAAAUGUAAAUGCACGGCCUGAUCCGAAGAAGAUGCCAAUAUCCAGACAACCUUGGGCGAAAGCAAAAUGGGCAAGUGAAUUCAUUGAAACUGUCAUAAAGAAAAUUCGAAGCGGUGUUUAUUAUAACCAGGAAAAUAAGUGUCAACAGAAGAUUCCAAAGACAGCAGAUUUAAAAGAAGCUUCAAUUCAGACAAUCUUGUCAGGAAAAAACUUUAGUGUGAAUGAAGAGGUGAUAAAAGAAGACAAAACAGUUGAUAAUGAAGUUACUCCAUAUGGAGAAAACAAAUAUUUGGAAACGUUGCCAGGUUUCGACGAUAGUCUUCCUGCAUUGGAAAUAAAAACCAUGAAUAUGAAAGAAGUGGCAGUGAAGUAUUGUACGACAAACGUAAUGGUUCAAUUUGAUGUUGCUGUACCAUCUGACCCAGAAAACAUACACCCCAUUCAAACGUCAUCGUCUUUUGUGCCCCUGGCGAUCACAGAGAGUCAUACAAAAAUAUUUAAGUGCAAAACAACAAUCGUUAACGCGAUGCUACCUGCAGAAAUCUGUAGCUUACUGCCAAAAAUAAUACGAAGCAUCAUAGAUUCAAACAAGCCACCGCCUCUUCCUCCGGCAAAGUUUCCGAAUGAAUCUCUUCUAUACACGAUAUCUGAAUUAAGUCAUUGCGAAAGUCCAGACAUUUUUAAAGCAACAUUACCACCACCAAUGUUCCCCAAAAUGUCACCAAUAUUAUCAAAUUUAUUGGACGGUUCCUUUGCGAACAAGAAAACAGCUGCAAGACUGAACCCUGAUGUUCCAAAAGUUGGUUACGAUCGAAUCAUAAAGGACAUGUUGGAAGAAGUGUCGGUUCAACGAUUGGUCACAUUAAACGUUGACCUUCUUCCCUUGAGGAUUCCUAAACCGGACUUAGGAUACCCUAAGGCAUACGAUGGAAACGCAAUAUUAAAAACUAAUACUUGUACAGCGUUAGAUUUGUACAGAGAAAGGAAUCCGAUGAUAAAAGCGAUUCUUUAUAACAAUUCAAGUAAUCUUGAUAACUUAUGGAAACCAAAUAAUAAUAACUAUCAGUUUAGGAUUUCAAUAUUUCACAUUCCACUAGACGUGACUUUAGAUAACAACAAAAUAACAGUUACUUUAAGUAACAGGGAUUACUACGAAGCAGCCAAAAGAGAUGGAACGUCUACAGUUAUUGGAAAUAUUAAAAUUGAUUCACUUUACAAUGGAUUUAUGAAACGUGACAAUGACGCAAUUCCGCUCAAAGCUAUAGAAUACAAACAUAACACCGAAAACGAUAUUUCGAUUAAAAAGGCCCAAAACCAAACUUUGCAGGGCAAAACUAAGAAGAAAAGUUAUGUAAAACUCUACAAAAAAUGCAAAUCCACGUCCAACAUAUCGGGGGAGAGGUUCAGUACUUCAUUGAGUAAGAUUAUUAACUUAGAUGAUUUUUUCCAAGCUCUAGGAUCUGGCAAAAUAUUAUCCAGUGUAUUUGAUGGGUUUAGUGGAAAGAAGAUACUAUCUUCAAUAAUCGAGAUGAAAAACUGGAUCACAGAGAUAAGUCAAAGGCAAGCGAUGUUGAUUCUCUUGUUGACCAAUAAAAAGGAUACGCCCAACUUGGUGAGAUUCCGACCGAUACUGCUGCAGGGCAUAGCUGUUAACAGGAUAACACGAGCUUCUGAGCUGGACAUGGAAAUAGAAGUCAUAGAAAGAGAGCAUUUCAAUAAAUUUUCACAGUAUGACGGAAUCUCAUACAUAAAUGAGUCGAUAGAGAACCAUGACAAUCUUCUGGAAGAAUUGUAUUGGAUUGCGAAGACAACGGCUUCAGAUUACCAAAAGCCCUUCAAUGAGGCGUCUGAAAAACUUCUGAAGUCUCUCUUGGAAAAGAGGAAGAAACUGAACCCCUCGUAUCUACGAGUAAUGGCGCGAUAUGUCGGUUUAGGCCUGCUGAAGACUCCAAAGAACUAAAUUUUGUGCGUGUGUGUCAAGUGAUGUGAAAGUCUGUGAAAUUCGUCGUAUUGCCUGUCUAUAUUGUUAAUUUAUUUAUCGCUUUAUUUAUUACAUGGAACAUUUUGAAUUAUAAUAAACUGUUUCUAUUUUUAUUCCCUUUCCAAG